CAAAAGGUUGCGUGAAAGUUGCACACCAACUGUAUGCAUGCCUGCGAACACGUUGUAGUUCAUUCAUAUCUCUAUAUAAAACCCGUCUACAUUAAAAGUGAUAGCAUUUUAAAGCAAGUUGUUCUUUCUGAGACCGCAUUUAGCUCAGUUUAAUUCAAACCACAAUGAUGUCAUACCUGUGGAUUUUCGUCUUGGGAAGUUUAAUCGUUACUGGAGUGAGGAUGCAAGAAGAUGCCCUGGAUGACGCUGAGAAUGAUGAGGCUGCAGCAGCUGACCUCACCCCAGCAGACGAAAAGGAAACAACGAUUCCUGAUCAAGCCAACACCAAUGCAGAAGAUUUACCACAAAAUUCAGACGACACAUCUGUCAGUGAGGCCGAUGGAGAGGAUCCUGAACCUGAAGACACAAACCCUGAACCAGAAGCUGCAUCAGAUGUCGAGCCCACAGCAGAGAGUCCUGAAGAACCAGCACCAGCUGAAGAGGAACCUGCUCAAGAAGAAGAAGAAGCUCCUGCUGAAACAGAUGAUGCGAGUGACGGUGCUUUAACAGAUGAUGCAGAUGAGGCAGAAGUAACAGAUGAUGCGAGUGACGGAGAUGUAACAGAAGCUGAUCCGCAGGUUGAUGAACCUGAAGUCACUGUAGCAGCUCCAGAGGAACCUGCAGGUAAAGUGGAAGAGGAACCAGCACAAGAGGAACCAGAAGAAGAUGAGGGAGAUGCACCUGAAGGUCCUGCUGAAACAGACUCCAGUGAUGUACCAGAGGAACCAAUUGAAGACACUGAGAAAACUGCGAGAGGAUUUGAUCUGUCUGAAGCUCUUGGGGAUUUAGAUGAGGAAGCUCAACCAGAAGAGGAUUUAGCAGAAAAUGCAUUUGGAGAUGCAGACAGGCAAAGCGCAGGUGACAGCGGUCCUGGGAAAGCACGCAGUGCAGGAGCAGUGUCUGACCCAAGUGACCAUGGAUCUGGUACAGUUGUUGGCAUUGUUUGUGGAAUCGCAGUGGCGGCCGUUGGAGCGAUUACAGGCUACUUCACAUAUCAGAAGAAAAAACUGUGUUUCAAGGUCCAAAGAGGUGACCCAGAGAGCGCCAAAGAAGAGAACGGCACACAGAGCGAACCUCAGGUUUUAAGUACUCUCCUGAGUUCAUCAUAAAUCUACCAGUGAAAGAGGAGAGUUGAGCGAGCCGUGAGUUCCCAUCAUGCUACUGUGAACUGCUUUACAUUGGAACGGCACAUUAUAACGACACACAUCUCAAAGCUUAAGGAUCACGGUGCACUUCACCAACAAAUGGAUUUUCAUCAUAAUUCACAGUGUGGAAACUUCUUUGACAGAUGGACACACGAAUGUCAUUUUCACACUCAUUGAAAGUCCCUGUGUCAGAUAAAGGCCUAAUACAUAAUCGCAUUUCCUUCUGCUUUGACUACAGUUCUAGUUUCUCAACAGAACUGUUAUUGAUUUGUUUUGAAUGUAAUUUCACAGUUUGAGUGGGAUGGGGUGUGAAUGCGUGUUUGUGUGUGUGCAUGUGUAAUGCGACAGCCUUUCCUGGGUGAGGCAUUUUCAUUUCAUUAAAAAGUUUAAUUUCGGUUUUUGCUGUCGUUAAUCACAUUGUUGUGUUUCAUGUCAAAGUGCAGACGCUGAUUUAUAUAAAGCAAACCUCACACUGUAUAAAGAUUCACAAAAGGACGUUUUGUUUUGACCAAAUAGAAUCCAUCAGAAAUGUAUUAAAAUUCUGUAAAUACAUAUGCUGUCGAGUUUGAAUUAAGGGUUGGUUCUGUUUAAAUGUACACAGCUCAUUGCACACAGAUUCAAAAUAAAAAUUAAAUGGCACAAAA